AUGAAAAAUAUGGAACAACAAAUUGGGCAGAUUGCAUUGCAGGUUUCAAAAAGAGCACCGGGUACAUUUCCUAGGCAAACAAUACCUAAUCCAAGAGGACGAGAAGAAUGCAAUGCUAUACGGACUUUACGAUUUUGCAAUUUCUGCAAAAUCUGGGCAGCUGCAAGAAAGAUCCGAAAAUACUACAGAAGCUACCAUAAAACUGCAGAACGUGUUUAUGUGCCUUUAAUGCCUUAUCCCGAAAGGUUGAGGCCUAAAGCUAAAGAUCAACAGUUGACAGAUUUUAUGAAGACUUUGGCUAAAGUUCAAAUUAAUCUACCAUUAAUUGAUGCAAUCAAGAACAUUCCAUCUUAUGUCAAGUUUUUGAAAGACGUUUGUACAAAGAAAAAGAAGCUUCUGGAUUCCGAGAAAGUGAUUAUAACCGAACAGUGCAGUGCUGUCUUAUUGCAUAAAUUGCCUCCAAAGAAGAAAGAUUCAGGGAGUUUUACUAUCUCUUGCACCAUUGGAAAUUGUGAUUUUAGUAGUGCUUUAAUUGACUUAGGUGCUAGUGUAAACUUAAUACCUUAUUCUAUUUUUAAACGUUUAGGUGAUGCAGAGCUGAAACCAACUUCCAACAUUAUUCAAUUGGCUGACAGUUCAAUUACCUAUCCUAGAGGAGUCAUUGAAGAUGUUAUUGUUAAGGUUGACAAUCUAUAUUUACCAACUGAUUUUAUGGUGUUGGACAUGGAUGAGGAUUUGACAACACCCAUCAUUUUGGGCCGCCCAUUCCUGGCAACAGCCCGGACUCUAAUUGAUGUUGAAGCCAGAACUCUAACAUUUCGGGUUGAAGAUAAAACGGUUGUUUUUAGGUGA